AAUGAUAGCAACAGUCCUCUUUUUUUUGAACCAACUCACUCACAGCUCAGCAGGCUGAGACCUUUUUGCUUACUGCAGGCUAAGAUGCUUACUGACAUCAUGGAUGCAGUGCAAGGUUUUGGGGUGAGCAGUACCCAGUACCUGCAGACCAACUAUAAGGAUGCCCAAGGCCUUUUUCUCUGGGUUUCCUGGGCAGCGGACCUCAGGAACACCUUCUUCAUCUUCUUCCCGCUUUGGUUCCACCUGCGUCCCUCGGUGGGCAUCAAACUCAUCUGGGUGGCUGUAAUCGGAGACUGGCUGAACUUGGUCUUUAAAUGGAUUCUGUUUGGAGAGAGGCCAUACUGGUGGGUUCAAGAGACAGCUUAUUAUGCAGAAGCAACUCGCCCUCACAUUGAGCAGUAUCCAAUGACCUGUGAGACCGGACCAGGCAGCCCCUCUGGUCAUGCUAUGGGAGCUGCAGGAGUCUACUACACCCUUGUGACUUCCAUCCUCACCAUUCUGACCAGCAAGAAAUCAUUAAACACAAACUGGUAUCUGAAGGCUCUUCUGUGGGCCGUAUUUUCGGGAGUCCAGGUGUGUGUCUGUCUGUCCAGGGUUUUUAUUGCUGCCCACUUCCCCCAUCAGGUUGUUGCUGGAGUCAUCACAGGUAUGAUUGUGGCCGAGGCAUUCAACAGAACUCAGUGGAUCUACAGUGCCAGCAUGAAAAAAUACUUCUACACAACGCUCUUCCUUACAACCUUUGCCAUUGGCUUCUACGUGCUACUCAAAGCUUUGGGUGUGGACCUUCUGUGGACCCUGGAAAAAGCCCAGAAGUGGUGCGUCAGACCUGAGUGGGUCCUCCUGGACACCACACCCUUUGCCAGCCUUCUGCGCAACAUGGGUACCCUGUUCGGACUUGGCCUGGGUCUGCACUCUCCCCUGUACACCGAGACCAAAAAGAACAGCAGUGAUUUGGCCAGAGCAGGAUGCAUUGUCAGCUCGUUGUUCCUGCUGCACCUGUUUGACUCCUUCAAGCCUCCCACACACACCGCAGCCCUCUUCUACUUGCUCUCCUUCUGCAAGAGCGCAACUGUUCCCCUGGUCACUGUCAGCAUCAUCCCGUACUGCGUAAACAGAGCUAUAAGCCAGCAGAUGAAAAAGGGAGUGUGAGCAACAACCCUGAGUUGUGAAGACUAAAGCAAUGCAAGUGCAGGGAGACACUGAACAUUAAUAAUAAUACUAGAAACCCUUUCCUUUGGUGCUUCUUGCAUUUAUAAGACUGCUUGACUCAGGAAAAAGCUUGAGUUGAAUGAUGAGAAACUGCAUUGUGUGUCAUUUGGACACUGAGCUCUGAACACUUUAACAAUAAGAGAAAGCACAAUCCAGGAUGCUCAGCAGCACUUACAAAGAACUUGUAAAGAUAACAAAACAUGAUCAUUGUGGUUGUUUCUGAGUUCUGGAGAGAGAAGAAUGAGUUUAUUUUUGAAUGUUUGCUCCUCAGCUUUAAUAUGCUAUUUCAGUUAUGAAACUAUUGUAUUUUUCAAAGUUUUUUUUUGAAAUGUUAGGAAUAUUUUUUAAAUAAAAUCUGGAGAUUAAAAGCUUUGACUUGAUUCUUAUUUUAACAGCUACACAACCAUGUAUUUGUGUAGUUGGCUGAUUACUGCCAUAUAUGUCUCGUAAAGUUAAUUACAUCCUGUCCUCAAGGAAAGAAAACCUCUUUUGCAUUUUAAAGUUAGUUGUAAAGUGUGUGAUGAGUUUACUCUUGCCUUUUAAACAAAGGGAAAUCCCUCUAAAAAGUUGUAAUACAUGAACAGGCAUAAUGGAAGUCAAAGUUUCCACAGGCAGUUUGGACAAAUUCAGCAUAAUCAUUUUACAGUCAUAUUCAUUCAAUUCUGAUGUUGGUCAGAUUAAAAAUAUCUUUUGAAAAUAACAAUCUUUAAGCAGGUCUUAAAUCCUACAUUUCUGCAUAAUUGUUUUUUAUUGAUCAGAUGCAAUAUGUCAUAUCUUCUAUGAAAAUAAAUGUGUUUUUAUUAGCUGUAAGCAGUAAAUCAUCAUAAUGAACAGAAAAUAAAGACUUGAAAACA